AUGCAUCUUUCUCUCAAAUAUCCAUUACACAUUAAAACCAACAGACGUGAAAGAGCAGUCAGCCGGACCCCACACACAUGGUACGGCCCUUCUCUCGCUCGCAGCGCUUGGUGCCGGGUGUCUUGCACAUGGACGAGAGAGUAAAAUCUCUAAAUUGCCGCAGAGAUCAUUUCCACCGCUUUUUCACUAGCACAGACUGACAACAGGCGAUCUCUAAAUGCGAGAUACGGACAACAUGGAGGCCGAUAUGGAGUAUGAUGACGAGGAAGAGCCUUCGUUUAGUGAUCCGGAGGAUUUCGUUGAUGACAUCAGUGAUGAGGAGCUACUGGGGGAUGUUCUCCGGGAUAAACCUCAGGAGACUGAUGGCAUCGACUCGGUCAUUGUGGUUGAUAAUGUCCCUCAAGUUGGACCAGAACGACUGGAGAAACUGAAGAACGUCAUCCACAAGAUCUUCUCAAAGUUUGGCAAAAUCACCAAUGAAUUUUACCCAGAGGCAGAUGGAAAAACCAAAGGGUACAUUUUUCUGGAGUAUUCUUCCCCAAGCCAUGCUCAUGAAGCAGUCAAGAACGCUGAUGGCUACAAGCUGGACAAGCAGCAUACUUUCCGUGUUAAUCUGUUCACUGAUUUUGACAAGUACAUGUCAAUCAGUGAUGAGUGGGAAUCUCCUGAGAAGCAGCCCUUUAAAGAUUUUGGAAAUCUCCGUCACUGGUUGGAGGAUCCUGACUGUCGUGAUCAGUACAGUGUAAUCUACGACUCUGGUGAAAGAACGGGCAUAUUUGCUAAUGAUGUCAAGGAGCCUAUUGAAGUGGAGGAGAGAGCGCGCUGGACUGAGACUUAUGUGCGCUGGUCUCCGAAAGGCACCUAUCUGGCCACAUUCCAUCAGAGAGGCAUUGCUCUGUGGGGGGGUGAGAAGUUCAAGCAGAUCCAGAGGUUCAGCCACCAAGGAGUUCAGCUCAUUGAUUUCUCUCCCUGUGAGAGAUAUGUUGUCACAUUCAGCCCUCUUAUGGACACGAAAGAUGACCCGCAGGCAAUCAUUAUCUGGGAUGUUCUCACAGGACAUAAGAAAAGAGGCUUUCAUUGUGAAAGUUCUGCUCACUGGCCAAUUUUCAAGUGGAGUCCAGAUGGGAAAUUCUUUGCUCGAAUGACACAGGACACCCUGAGCAUCUAUGAGACCCCAUCAAUGGGUCUUUUGGAAAAGAAGAGUUUGAAGAUAAAUGGAAUUAAGGAUUUCUCCUGGUCGCCUGGAGAUAAUAUCAUUGCAUUCUGGGUUCCUGAGGAUAAAGACAUCCCAGCAAGAGUAACUCUCAUGCAGCUUCCAUCCAGGAAUGAGAUCAGAGUCCGCAACCUGUUUAAUGUUGUGGACUGCAAGCUUCACUGGCAGAAAAACGGAGACUAUCUCUGUGUAAAGGUGGACAGAACACCCAAAGGAACGCAGGGUGUUGUUACCAACUUUGAGAUUUUCCGGAUGAGGGAGAAGCAGGUACCUGUGGAUGUGGUGGAGAUGAAAGAGAGCAUCAUUGCCUUUGCUUGGGAACCAAAUGGCAGCAAAUUUGCUGUGCUGCAUGGUGAAUCUCCCAGAAUCAAUGUAUCAUUCUACCAUGUGAAGAACAAUGGCAAAAUCGAUUUAAUAAAAAUGUUUGACAAACAACAAGCAAACAGCAUCUUCUGGAGUCCACAAGGGCAGUUUUUGGUCUUGGCUGGGCUGAGGAGCAUGAAUGGAGCUCUUGCUUUUGUGGACACUUCAGACUGCACCAUGAUGAACAUCGCUGAGCAUUACAUGGCAUCAGAUGUGGAGUGGGAUCCAACUGGACGAUUUGUUGUAACAUCUGUCUCCUGGUGGAGUCACAAGGUGGACAAUGCCUUCUGGUUGUGGACAUUCCAGGGUCGUCUACUGCAGAAGAACAACAAGGACCGUUUCUGCCAGCUGUUGUGGAGGCCCCGCCCACCCUCUCUCCUGACUCAAGAGGAAAUAAAGCUCAUAAAGAAGGAUCUGAAGAAGUACUCUAAGAUCUUUGAGCAGAAGGAUCGUCUCAGCCAGUCCAAGGCAUCUAAGGAACUGGUGGACAAGAGACACGCCAUGAUGGAGGAGUAUCACAAGUAUCGUGAGAGAGCCAUGCAGAUGUACCAGGAGCAGAGAUCUCUCCGCCUUGGACUCAGAGGAGGUGUGGACACUGAUGAGCUGGACAGCAAUGUGGAUGACUGGGAGGAAGAGACCAUUGAGUUUUUCAUCAAUGAAGAAAUUAUUCCCAUCGGAGAUCUGUAACUCCAACAGCAGGUUGUGUCCAGUGUAUCCGUUUUUUUAGUGGAGGAGUGUGGACUUGCAUUGAAGGAAAAACUGAGGGAUCCUUCUAUAAGAGAAUUCCUUGUUAUCAUCAAUCAAGUGCCUUUUAAUACUGGUUCUUGCAGAAGGAGAAUUUUGUGCCACUGCUUUUAAAACAUCAAGCUCUUUGGGAGAACCUGUCCUGCCACCAUCAGUCAGGCCUGCUCUUGGCGGAUCUGAUUGUAACGUGAUCUUGGUUUUGCCUUUGGUAGAUCUCCCUGAUCAAAAGGGUGUUACCAUGGCACGAAAUGCCAUAAACUCUUUUUACAUCAUCACACUGAAGGAAAACGUUUUGUUUCCUGAGAAGGCGAACUUGUACUCUAGUGUGCGAAAAUGGCACUACAGUGGGCUGUAUCCUCCUCCAUUCAGAUUACCUGAUAUUAAAUGCACAACAAGGGAAUAAAGUUUAACUGAAAUCAAA